GAGGGCGGGGCCUCGGCGGCGGACGGACCGGAGUGGAUGAGCUGCGUGCGGAAGGGUCCCCGUGUCUGUGCAGGUCGGCGGGAUCGGGACCUCGGGCGAAGGCCCGCGUUUACACGAGGGCCCCCACCCCCACCCCCGGCCUCGCCCAGGCCCCACACGCAGGUGCACACCCGGCUCGAGAGGGACGGGCAGUGUGGACACACACCGCUGGCCGCAGUGUUCCCGGACUCAGACGCGCUGACCCCGGGCUGAGCCGCACUUGUGCACAUAGCUGCCCCGGAAGGGGCGGGACUAUCGCAGGUGCACACCCGGCUCGUACCCGCACCCCAUCUCUGGCCCGCCUGCAGCCUAGGACCCCCGGCCUCGUCAUGGACCCCGAGUGCGCCCAGCUGCUCCCGGCUCUCUGUGCGGCCCUGACAGACCCCAGGCAGCCCGUGGCAGAUGACACCUGCUUGGAGAAGUUGCUGGACUGGUUUAAAACCCUAACUGAAGCAGGGUCCAGCCUGCAGCUGCUGCAGGACAGCCCCUGCCUGGUGGAGCUGCUGCUGCAGGUGCCGAAGGCCCCGGGCCUGAGUCCCCGUGUCCUCGCCUUCUCGCUCCGCCUGGCGGGCCUGCUCGCCGCCCAGGAGGACUGCUUCCAGUUCCUGCAGCAGGGGGAGUUGCUGCCUGGGCUCUUCGGGGAGGCGGGCCCCCUCGGCGGAGCGGCCUGGACGGCGCCCACUGUGCGCAGCGGCUGGAUCCAGGGCCUGCGCUCGCUGGCCCAGCACCCCAGCGCCCUGCACUUCCUGGCCGACCUCGGUGCCCUGGACACCGUGGUCUCCCUGCAGGGAGACUCCAGCCUGUUCGUGGCUUCGGCGGCUGGGCAGCUCCUGGCGCACCUCCUGGGCCUGUCUCUGCGGGGCCAGGCCGAGGGCUCCCCCGGCCCCCAGGUGUGCGACUGGCCGGCCAGUGCCCAGAGGAUCGUGGGCCACAUCGAGGAGUCCCUGUGCUCCCCCGCUGCCCCGCGGGUCACGCAGGCCCUCAACGUCCUGACCACCACGUUCGGGCACUGCCACCAGCUGUGGGCGCAGGUGCUCUGGGCGCGGCUGAGUCCCCUGGCGGCCUGUCUGCUCGAGAAGGACCCUGUGCCAGCCGCACACUCGCUGGUGGACCUCCUCCUCAGCGCCGCCCGGUCCCCUGCGCUGAGCUCCGACCGCAGCCGGUGGGAGACGGUGGCGCAGGCUCUGGGCCGCCUGAGCCCGGCACACGCAGGGCCCCUGGCUCUGGGGCUCCUGACGCUGCAGGACUGUCCCCAGGCCCUGAGCGCCCAGGCCUUCACCGUCCUCCUCCAGCCCCUGGCCUGCGUCCUGAAGGCUGCCACGCAGGCCCCCGGGCCCCCAGGCUUGCCGGCCGGGCCCGAGGGUGACCCGGCGGUGGCAGAUGCGCUCCUGUCCUCCCGGUCGGCCUGUGUGGGCCUCCUGUGCCAGACCCUGGCCCACCUGGAGCUGCUGCAGCCCCUGCCCCAGCGCCCCGCGCCCUGGCCCCAGGCGCCCCUGCUGGGGGCCGCGGUGACGGUCCUGCGGUUCUGCAAUGGCUCAGCGGUGCCCGCCUCCGGCUCGGACGUGGGGGGCCGCCUCUGUGCCAUCCUGGCCGGCUGCGUCCGCGUCCAGCGAGCGGCCCUCGGCUUCCUGGGGGCGCUGUCUGCGGACACAGGGCCCCCCGAGCUGGUGACGCAGGUGUUUGCCGUCCUCCUGGAUUACCUCCAGAGCCCCGACUCCAGCCCCACGGUUCUGAAGAAGGCCUUCCAGGCCACACUGCGGUGGCUCCUGAGCGCCCGCACGCCCCCGGGCUGCUGCGACCUGGACCCCCCCACCCAGCUGCUCCUCAGAGAGCUUCUCCCUGUGCUGCAGAGGCGCCUGUGCAGCCCCUGCUGGGAGGUGAGGGACUCGGGCCUUGAGUUCCUGACCCAGGUGGUCGGAUGCUGGGCAGGACAGGCCGGCUUCAGGCACGCGCUCCUGGCGUCCGAGGUGCCCCAGCUCGCGCAGCAGCUCCUGCAGGACCCCGAGAGCUACGUCCGAGCCAGUGCAGUGACCGCCGUGGGGCAGCUCUCCAGCCGAGGGCUGCCCGCCACCCCCGCCGGCCCUGAGCACCCGGGAGGCCCGCAGAAGAGCCUGCUUCCGGAGCUGCUGCACGUGCUGGCCGCGGACUCGGAGGGCUUCCCCCGCAGGGCGGCCAUGCAGGUCUUCACCCAGUGGCUGCGGGACGGCCACGCCGAGGUGGCUGAGGACACGGAGCGCUUUGUGGCCCGGGUGCUCCAGGCGGCCAGCCGGGACCUGGACUGGGAGGUCCGGGCCCAGGGCCUGGAGCUGGCGCGGGUGUUCCUGGAGCAGACGCUGGGCCAGCCCGGCUCCCGCUGUCCCUAUGCCGUGGCCGCCCCGGAGGCCGCCGCCCCUGGCCGUGUGGCCCAGGCCCUGCGGGCCGCCUGCCGCGUGCAGCUCGUCGAGUUCGCCUUCCGCGCCCUGUUUGACUAUGACCGGCCCGUGGCCCAGAAGUCCUGUGACCUCCUCCUCUUCCUGCGGGACCAGGCUGCCCCCUGGGACAGCCUGCAGGAGGCGAGGGGCAGCCCCGACGUGGCCUCCGUGGAGGCCGCCCUGCGGAGGUGGCGGGCGGGCGAGCAGGGCCAGCCCCUGGGGCCCCUGGAGCCUGAGGCCGUGCUGGCCGUGCUGCGGUCCAUGGACCUGGAGGGCCUCCGGGGGGCACUGGCCGAGAGCAGUGACCACGUGGAGAGGAACCCCCAGUCGCUCCUGCAGGACAUGCUGGCCACCGUGGGCAUCCUGGGCGACAACGAGGCCGACUGCUACUGAGCCGUCCGCAGCAACCUCCCUGCCCCCCAGCGACCUCCCUGCCCUGUCCCUCUGCUGCUGGGCCCUGUCCCUCCCUCAGCCCGGGCCCAGCUCGGCCGGCUGCACAGGGACCCUCGGGAGCCAGGCCUGGGAAGACCAGCGGGCCAGUCACGUGUUUGGAAGUGUUAUUAAAUGGCUUAUUUUCUACUAAAAAUCAGUACCGGUGGCAGGCCGCUGAGUCAGUGCCCUGUCUGACGCCGGCCAGGUGAGGCUUCGAGGAGGGACGAGGAGGGACCUCCUGUGGCAGCCUCCUCCCUCUGGCCUGCGGGUGUGCCCUUGGGCCCCGGGGCCUCUGGGAUAACCAAGGGUCAGAGCAUGCAGCGCGGCCUGGACACGGCCUGGUGUUGGGCCCUGGCUCCUCAUGAUAGUGGCCCCGGUCCAACCACGGCCGGGCUUCAGCCUCCACCCCCAGGAUCGCCCUGAGCGUGUAGAGACUCGGCUCACCGCCUCCCCCGGGCAGGUGGCGCUGCCGUGGUCACGUCUGGGGAGCUGAGGUCCAGGCUGGCCGAGCAGGUGCCUUUCGGAACCGGGCAGGCCCGGCUGCCCUUCCCUCCCAGCGUGAGCACCCAGUGCUCAGGCAGGAUCAGAGGAGAAGGGUCCGGAGACACUCGGAGAUGACUGGACCCGGAGGAAACACCGUGACGGGGACGCAGCAGGAGGGUGCGUGGGGGCUCAGCCUCGCGUGCUCACGCUGGGGACAUCCACAGGUCAGCGACCUUCCACCUUCGGAAAACCGGGAAACGACCAAAUGUAGAGGAAAAGAAAUAAUAAAAGAGCAGAAGUCAAACUGGAAA